AUGCUGGACCGCCGCGCCGCGCACUCGUCGCGGCCCAUGGACCUGGGCAGGCGCUGCGUCGAGUUCGGGCCUCCGCUCGGGGUUCCGAGGUCGUUGUACGAGGGGGUCGUCGAGGAGCUGUUCGUGAAGCGAGGGCUGGUGUCGCCCGGCGGUGCGAGCCCCGCAGAGUCCGCGAGCAUCGAUUACUUGGCGAUCAACGAGUACACGGGCGGCGGCGGCAUCGAGAGCCACGUGGACACGCACACGGACUGCGAGCAGAUACUCAGCCUCAGCCUCCUGGAAGAUUGCGUCAUGGAGCUGCGGAGGGCCCCUGUGGCCGAAGAGGUCACGCAGCCGCCGCGAGGGCCGGCGGAGCUCCGGCUGCUGCUGCCGAGGGCCUCGCUCCUCGUGAUAUGCGGGAGGAGGCGCGGUGGAGCUGGGCGCACGGCAUCCCCUUCGGGGGCCACCACGAGUUCUGCGGUGCCGGAGAGGCCUCGAGGCCUGGGGCCGACAGGGCGGCGACGGCGCAGGCCUCCCCCGCAGGAUCGGGCCCCGCCGGCGCAGGCUCUCACUGACGUUCCUGCUGCACCCGCCGGCGGCGCCGGGCCCCUGAGCAGAGGAGAGAGGGCCGUGGCCUGCGCGGUGGCCGUGGUGCUCCGGCGCCGCAGGCGGGGCCCUGCCAGCAGGUCGAGCACGUGCGGAGGUCGAGGAGGAACGGAUUGCGGAAGCAGAGGGCACUUGCUUGAAAGGAAAAGUCAUGCAGUGAGGAGGACACCGUGGAGAUCCCGACUCCCGACCCCCGCGCUCACGCGGAGGGCCUCCAGUCACGCAGCGCCUCGAGGCCAUCUUGGACCGCCUCCGCGGAGAAAGGGGCGAUCUCGCGAGCAAGCGUGCUCGUCCGAGGCAGAUAAUGAACUCGUUACUAAACGCGGUCGGCUGCGAGGCUGA